AUGGCCAUCUUACCAGCACGCAAGGCUGUUGCGGUCUCCGUCAAGGCGGGACAGGAACUGAAGGUUGUCAACACGUUUGGCAAACAAGUGGUGGACUUCUGGGCGUUCAAUCUCAAAGAUCCCAAUGAUUUUCUGUCCAUGGUUCAUACCAGAACCAUCUUGCUCAAGGUGGCUCUUUCAAAGGGCGAUGAACUAUACAGCACACGAAGGAAGCCCAUGCUUGUCCUGACGGAGGACACGACCAAGGGCGUUCACGAUAUCAUUUGGUCGGCAUGCGAUGCUGAGAGGUAUCGUAUGCAAGGCUACGACGGGUACCAUGACAACUGCACCGACAACAUGCACCAGGCUUUGAAGCACAGCUUUCCUGGCUUCCACAUCGCGGACGAUUGGGUGCCGGAUCCGUUGAAUCUGUUCAUGAACGUGGCCAUUGACCACCGCGGCGGACUAGACAUCAAGAUUCCUACCUCCGAACGGGGCCAGUUUGUCACCUUGCAAGCUCAGACCGACCUCAUCAUAGUCAUGAGUGCUUGUCCUCAGGACCUGGCACCUGUCAACGGGGGUAUGCCGACAGAUUGUGAAUACUACGUCUUGGACGCGGGAAGCUUGGCACAGAUCCCGCCUACUGUGUCUCCAACACAUCGCCGCCGGGUCAAAGUAGCUUUGUCGUUUGAUUUCGACGCCGUGUCACAUUGGCUGGGGACUGGGUGUCACAAGGACAACAACAUGGCCGAUUAUUCCUCGGGGAUUUUUGCCGGCCAGGUCGGGGCCAUUCGCCUACUCGAAAUGCUCAAAAGGUGCGGCAUUGCAGACAAGGUGACGUGGUUUAUCCCAGGCCAUACCGUCGAGACGUUCCCUCAUGCCGUCCAGAAGGUUGUCGAGUCCGGAGCAGAGGUCGGACUCCACGGCUAUUCACACGAAGGGAUCUACCAGAUGACCGAGGAGCAAGAGCGAGACGUGCUCCUCAAAUGCAUAGAAGUGGCGACGAAGCUGUGCGGCAAAAAGCCCAGAGGGUAUCGCGCGCCCAUGUAUACGAUCAGGGAGACCACGGUCAAGUUGCUGCGACAGCACGAGUUUUUGUAUGACACGUCACUCAUGCACCACGACUCGCAGCCAUAUUUCACGCCCAGCGACCCCCCAAUCAAAGCCAUCGACUUCACCCAGCCGGCCUCGUCAUGGCUGCACCCGACAGAGAUUUCGCCCCAGACGUAUCCCGAGGGGCAACACCCGCUCGUCGAAAUCCCCUGCGGGUGGUACAAUGAGGACAUGAUGCCGCUGCAGUACCUGCCGCACCUGGCCAACAGCAUGGGCUACGUGUCGACCCGCGUGGUGGAGCAGAUGUGGAAGGACAAGUUCAUGUGGCUGUGGGACCACUCGGGCGCUGAGGGCACCGCGUCCACGGACUUUGUCUUCCCCAUCCUGAUGCACCCGGACACGUCCGGGCUCGCCCACAUCAUCGGCAUGUCGGAGCGUUUCAUCACCUGGUUGAAGGGGUUUGGAGACAGCGUCACCUUCUCCACCCACGAAGACAUUGCCAGGGGAUGGCUGGCGGACCAGAAGCAGAAGUUGGGCAUUGCUUGA